GGCCCAGGCCUUGGGCAGAUCCAGUCAUGAGUUGCGAAAAAUCCGCCAUGGAGUUCCAGCCGCUGGCCGUUUGGCAGCCGAGGCCCUCGGCUAGGCCGCGGCCUUCUGCGCAAAUGGAGAGGGCCACACACCGGGCGCCGGGAGUGCCCACAGCACCUGCCAUCGCUGGCUGUUUCCUGGUGCUUGGGCGCACAAGGCGUGUGAAGGGCGCCGAUCUUAGCCGUCGCUGUAAGACCGAUCGCCGGGACAAAGAGCGCCGGGGCCGCCGCGGGGAGGACGUGAUUAUCGCUGCCCGCGAGCGUGGCCUUCGCUCCUUGGAGUUGUUCACCGGCUUGGCUGCUGGGCCGCUGGCUGCAUGGGCAUAUCCCUGGCUGCGGGAGACCGCGGCGCAGCUGGUGACUGGCGAGGAGAAGCUUUGCUUUGACUUUAUGGGCCUGUGCGGCUCAGUGCCGGAGGCCAUGCAGGUCUUCUUCAGGACAACUGUCGGCUUGCUCUUCAGCUUUGUCUUGGGUUACACGUCUUCCUUCCUGCUCGUUCGGCAGGAGAAGUUUUACGAGGCCAUGUACGAAGAGUCAUCAAUACUGACUCAGCUAUUGGAGGAGGCACCCCUGCUGCUAGAGCGGAAGCAUCUCUUGCAGCUGGUGAAGAAUCUCCGGCUCUAUUUGGCUUCGAGUACAUGGCGAAACCCGAGCUUCAUACCUUCUGAGAUGGUUGCCAGAAGUCUACGGUCGGAUAAGGACCCCAUCGAGGAGAUUACCCGCCUCCUGAUCAGUGUGCAGACUCCUGGCAGCGAACGUUUGAUGAACGUCGUGUCUGCACUGCGCGGCGCUCGCUCCAGGAAGUUCUCCUCGAUGCAGCGCAUCAUCCCCACUGCGCAGUUCGGGUUGCUGGUGAUCCUGGGGCUGUUGAUUACGCUCUCCCCCUUUCUGGACGGCAAAUCAGACACUUCCCUCCUGGCCCAAUGCCUGUAUGGUGUGCUGGUUGAAGUUCUCAUCAUCGUCAUCGUCUAUGUGGGGGGUGGGCCAGGACUUGGCGUAUACACAACUGACAAGGAGCGAUCCACCAUUCUGGACGCGCUGAUGAUGUUGGUGGAGAGGAUUGAGAGCACUGCGGAGAAGGAGGACACGGAAGACGCCAAGAGUGUCACAGCCUUUGUAGCCUCUUGAGAAAGAACAGGCCGGUGAAACUUCCCGGAGCCAAUUUUCGAUAAUUUUCGCCAGACCAAUUCUUGCCCAUUGUAGCCGGGCUGCUGCUGGAAAUAAUUUGUAAGGCAACACCCUGGCCCUGCAAUGAGCA